CAAAUCCCAGGAGUCAAGACAGUAUAAAAGGAAGUCAAACUUGGCGACUUCCUCUUUGUGUACCAUGUGCUAAGAAAAGCUGUUUGGUGUUUUUCAAGGCUGUGUAAUAGCAGAUGAAAAGACCAAUCAAUUAAUGAACAGUAUCGCAGCCUAGAACUGAAUUGUAAAGUGUCCUCAUGGGAGCUGUGUUGAGUGGUGCCUCUGAGAAUUAAACAGAUAUAUAUUUAAGAGUACAGAUGAUGCAUGAUUGGCGUUUACCUUUAUUGAAAGCAUUGAUGGCUUAAUGGUUAUUUGUAUUCUUGUUUGUUUCAUUUAUCUUGGACCAACUAAUGACCGUGGGGUUUCCUUUACCUUAUAUAUGUGGGGGGAAACAACUUGUUGUGGUUUGAGGUUAUGAUUUUCUUUUGCUGUGGAGUGUGGAUUGAAUGGUUCUUUUUGAUUUGUAAUUUGAGUGUGCACUUAUUUGCAGAGCAGCAACUACUGUUAGAGAGGAUUGGGAACCCUGUUGUCUGUAAUGGUUACAAGAUUGUUCUUUUUCUUUGUUUGUUUGUCUGAUCUUUUAGCCAUUUUGGAUUCUUCGUGAUGCUACUAGUAAAUGUUGUAAAAUAAACCUUGUCAUAUUUGCAAAGAAGUGUGUGUGUGCCCUGCGAUGGGUUGGCACUCCGUCCAGGGUGUAUCCUGCCUUGAUGCCCGAUGAUGCCUGAGAUAGGCACAGGCUCCCCGUGACCCGAGGUAGUUCGGAUAAGCGGUAGAAGAUGAAUGAAUGAAUGAAUGAAUGAAUGAAUGAAUGAAUGAAUAUUUGCAAAGAAACACACUGUAGUGGUUACACUUAAUUUUAAGGUUUCUCCUCAUCCCCUGGUGGGAUGAUGGGGUUUAUACUCUCUUGACUCCUGGGAUUUGUAGUCCACCCAAUUUGUAGUCCUACACCUUCUACCCCAUUACACUCUUAUGCUCUUAAACCCUUCCAUUUACAAGGACAGGAGAUGCCUGUGAUACAAAAGCUUGGGUCAUUUCAAAUUGUUGCAAAUUUGUCACAAAGCAUAUUUUGUUAAGAAAUAAAAAAAAUUAAUCUAGUGAGAAUUUCAAAUUUAGACUGUGUAUUUAAAUGUUGUUGCAUGUUCCCUAGAUAUUUUUGAUAAACUAUGAUUUGUAGAAAGGAAAAGACAAAGUUCAGGGAUGUGUGAUACACACAAAGUAUGUAUACAAUUGUGUUUUUUUUUUUUUCCUCUGGAAUCUGUAUAUUAAGUUCAAUGAUUAUUUUUUUAUGCAGUGUGCAAUUUAAAAAUGUAUAUUGGUUUAUAUAGAGUAAAAAAAGGGACCCUUAUUUUGAUAUUCUGGCCCGGGAGUGGCGAACGGACUGGUGAACUGCGCAUGCUCCUUCAUACCAACAGAGUAGCUGUGAAAGAGCAGUUGUGUAAAUUUUUACAGUAAUCUGUCUGACGGGUCUCCGGAGGCCUGCAGCAGAAAUUAUUUCGAGGGAAAUAAUUAUAGUAAAUGUUUAUUCCAAAAACCACAUAUUACAAAGAUGGCAUAUUUGUACUACAUAUUUGUAAAAAAAUAAUGUGAAAGAAAUAAUGAUUUUCCUGGUGAUUUUUAAAGGUGAAAUAAAAAAGGUUACUAUAAGUGCCUUUGAAAAUGUAUUUCACUUUUACAAAAUAAAACUCCUCCCUACUGCUUUGUCACCAGUGUGAAAAGCAUAUGUUGUAAUGCUUACUGGGAAAACGAAAGUUAGUCUGUCAAGCAGGCAACAGAACAUUAGUAACUGAUCUGACAACGAUGGAGCAAGAAAAACGACCCCCGCUGAAUUUUGUUAAUCGAAGGGAUGACAUUACACUUGAUGAUGAUCCCAACAUAAUGAGAAUAGAGAUGUCCUGUGGGCAUGCCGUCUCAUCACAAUCUCUUACGGCCUAUUGCCGCAGUCUACUUGAUCAGGGCCAGUAUGUGUUCCUGUGUCCAGCUCUGAUGGAGGGAACAACUAAAUGUGGAGCUGAAUGGAAGUACAUGGAAGUGCGAAGGAUUGCUGUACUGAAUCAAGAGGAGCAGAGUCACUUUGAGGAGACUAUGGCUCAACUGGCAGCAGCUAAGUACUGUGAAUACAACCAAUGCCCUGGUUGCAAAUCAUAUGUUGAGAGACAGGAUUUGGAGAACCUCUGUGUACUCUGCACCAUCUGUACAGCUGAUGGCGAUAAGAGGUUUGAGUUCUGCUGGCAGUGUCUGAAGACCUGGAAAGGGCGAGCACCUCGCUCAGACAAGUGUGAAAACAGUGGCUGUGUUAAUGAUAAAAUUGAGAAGCUGUUAAAAUGUGAGGAAAUAAUCCUUCCUGAGGUUCGAAACCUAAAAUGUCCCUUAAUGCGAGCUUGUCCUACAUGUGGAAACUUGGUUGAACACGACACAACAGGAUGUAAGAAUAUAAUAUGCAAUCGCUGCAAUGUUGAAUUCUGCUUUUCUUGUUUAAAGCUCACUACUGAAUGUCUAAAAACAAGCUCAUACUUUGAACCUUGCUCAAAUGGUGUAGCUCCUCGGCAAACAUCCAUUCCAACCUGGAGUAAGUAGAUACCUAAAAUCUUGGUACAAUAAAAAGCACAAAGUGCUUCUUUCUUUCUUUUUAGCCUUCUUAAUAUUUAUAUUGGCUUAGCAUAACAGAUUUAAUAUUAUAUAAUACUAUAAAAUACAUUAUAAAUUCAACAUGAUUAGAAGCACAGAUGUCCUGACAAUUGUCAAAAAAUAUAUAUUAUAUUGUACUGAAAAUUGUGUUUGCCUUUAUUAUAAUUAUUAUUAUUUUAAAGCAUAUUAGCAAAUGUUAGAUGGAGUUUUUAUUUUAACUUUGAUUUACUUCUGAUCAUAUAUAAAGCAUAUGAAGCAACCUGUAAAACUAUA